GAAAUAGAAUGAAAAGAUGGAUCAUUUCAGUUUAUCAUCAGAUGAUAUUGGUUUCCAUCUUUUCACAUGUGAAUCGUUGGCCACAAUUGAGAAGCGAAUUGCUGAGAAAAAAACAGAGCAAGCCAAGGCUAAGCUGAAAAGUAAAGAUCAACAGGCUGAAGUAAAAAAACGUCAGCCCCGACCUUAUCUGAGAGCUUGCAAAAAGCUGCCUGCUCUCUUUGGGAAUCCUCCUCUGGAGCUCAUCGGGGAACCCUUGGAAGAUCUUGAUCCGUACUACAAUGAUCACAAGACUUUUAUGGUACUAAAUAAAAAGAAGAGAAUCUUCCGAUUUACUGCCACACGUGCCUUAUGUAUACUUAGCCCUUUCCAUCCUAUCAGAAGAGCUGCUAUUAAAGUUUCUGUCCAUCCAUAUCCGUUUACUGCGUUUAUUAUAUUCACUGUUCUACUGAAUUGUGUAAUGAUGAUUCCAGCUAACUUUGCAAAGAUAAACAUAAACAUUGAAUAUGCUUUCUUGAACACUUUGCUUCUCAGGUUCACUUUUGCUGGUAUUUACACUUGUGAAAUAUUGAUAAAAGUAUUAGCAAGUGGAUUUGUUUGGACUCAAUUCACCUUCCUUCGCGAUCCAUGGAACAUUAUGGAUUUAAUUGUUAUUGUUAUAACGUAUGUGAGCCUAUGUUCACCCCGAAGUAAGGUUUCAUUUCUUCGGAUUUUCAGGCUACUCAGAUCUUUAAAAGCUAUAUCAGCAAUCCCAGAACUAAAGGUCAUCGUAGAUGCACUUAUCCAGUCUAUUAAGAAACUUGUUGAUGUGAUGAUCCUGACCGUUUUCUGCUUGAGUGUCUUUGCCCUUGUAGGCCUCCAGCUCUUUAUGGGUAACUUGAAAAAGAAAUGUGUCCGUAACAAUACUACAUUUGAUCAGAAAUUAUGUGAUGAUGCCAAGAUAAGUGAUGUAAAGGAAUCAGAUAUCUGCUACAGAAUGAAUAAUUCUCAGGAUGUAUUACUGUGCGGAUUCAGCUUGGAACCUGAUAAGGAAUGUCCAGAGAACUAUUCCUGCCAGAAAAUUGGGGACAAUCCUGAUUUUGGCUACACAAGCUUUGAUCAUUUUGGCUGGGCCUUCCUCUCUGUUUUCCGUCUGAUGACACAAGAUAACUGGGAGCGUCUAUAUCGACAAAUCAUCCGAACUUCUGGAAAGACCUACAUGAUCUUUUUUGUGGUGGUCAUCUUCCUGUGCUCAUUCUAUCUCUUCAACUUGAUCCUGGCCGUAGUAACCAUGGCAUAUGAAGAGCAAAACAAUGCCACUCUUGCUAAAACACAGGCAAAAAAGAAAUUGUGUCAGGAAGCUGAGGAACUACUAAGGAAAGAGCAGGUCUUGUCUGCAGGUUCGGCUGAUCGCAGCGAGCAGAUAUCAGCAGACUCUGUAAACAAUCCAGUUAGAAGACAAAGGAUAAUGAGUGCAACCAAUGUUAUUACCAAUGUCCCACUUAAACUGGAAGAGUCAAAACGGAAAUGUCCUUCAUGCUGGAAUCGCUUUGCCCAAAAAUAUCUCAUUUGGGACUGUUGCCCACUGUGGAUACAACUCAAGGAGAAAGUGAAGCUUAUUGUAAUGGAUCCAUUUACUGACCUCACUAUCACUGUUUGCAUUGUGGUGAAUACCAUCUUCAUGGCACUAGAGCACGAUAAUAUGACAGAAACUCUUAGCAACAUGAUUAUUACAGUCAACAACGUCUUCACUGGAAUUUUUACAGCAGAAAUGAUCUUCAAAAUCAUCGCUCUAGAUCCCUACUACUAUUUUCAGCAGGGCUGGAAUAUUUUUGACAGCAUAAUUGUUAUGAUAGGCCCAAUAAAAACAUUUUUGGAAAUAAACCUGACAUUUUUCAGAUUGCUGCGGAUCUUCAAAUUGUCAAAGUCAUGGCAAGCCUUAAAUAAACUUGUGAAAAUCAUGUGUCAGUCAGUUGGUGCCUUUGGUAGUCUCGAACUGGUUUUGGGUAUCACUGUAUUUAUUUUUGCUGUAGUAGGAAUGCAGGUUUUUGGAAACUAUUACUCCAACAGCACUAAAAUAAGCACAGACUGCAAUUUACGCUGGCAUAUGAUUGAUUUCUUCCAUUCAUUCCUUAUCAUAUUCCGAAUUCUAUGUGGAGAAUGGAUUGAAACCUUGUGGGGCUGCAUGGAAGUAGCUGGGAAAGAGCUGUGUCUUCCUUUUUUCUUGCUGGUCCUGGUGGUAGGAAACCUAGUGGUGCUUAACCUGUUCAUUGCCUUGCUGCUGAAUUCCUGCAAUAUUGAUGAUCCAGCAACACCAGAUGAAGCUGAAAAGAGGACCAAGCUUCAGCUUGCCUUUUCUCGGAUUCACAGGGGUCUGCAGUUUGUGAUACACAUAACAGGGGAUUUGUGUUGCAAAAUACUCAGACAAGGGCUGAAAACAAUGACCAGCAGGAAGAUUAUGGUGAAAGUUACCGCACAGAACGUUGGUGGGAAUUACCAUGCCGCUAUAGAUAUGGGGGAAAAUUACACUGAUAAUGGGAUUUACCAAAACAAAGAGGAAUCCCCAAUGGCAAAGGAGUAUGAGGAUUUUAUGACCAAUUCUAACACAUUUGUUUGUGUUCCCUUUGCUGAGGCAGAGUGUUACAGUGAGGAUUAUCAUGAUGAGAAUAGCACAUAUACCAAAAUGGAAUAUAUAGCAAUGGAAUUGGCGGGGAUCAUCCAAUCGACUGAAAAGUUAGAUGCACCUAAGGACUGUUUUACAGAAGGCUGUGUCCAAUGCUCCUUAUGCUGUGCAGUGGAUAUCACAAAGUUUCCAGGAAGUACUUGGUGGCGAUUUAGGAAAACCUGCUACCGAAUUGUUCAGCAUAGCUGGUUUGAAACUUUUAUCAUAUUCAUAAUUCUCCUGAGCAGUGCAACUCUGGCAUUUGAAGAUAUUUACCUUAAGGAAUAUGCAACCAUUCAAAACCUUCUGAAGCUUGCCGAUAUAAUAUUUGCUUACAUCUUUUUACUGGAGAUGUUUCUGAAAUGGGUGGCUUACGGUUUCCAGGAGUAUUUCACAAAUUUCUGGUGUUUGCUUGAUUUCUUUAUUGUAUGUGUUUCAUUUACAAGUUUUAGCAACCAGGAAGUAUUGAAAAAAGCAGAGUUUUGUGCCAGCCAAAACGUGAAGUCUUUCAGAACCCUGAGGGCAUUGAGGCCCCUCCGAGCCUUAUCCAGAUUGGAAGGGAUAAAGAUAGUUGUGUAUGCCCUAGUAGGAGCUAUCCCUUCCAUCAUGAACGUCAUGCUUGUCUGCCUUGUUGUCUGGCUCCCAUUUAACAUCAUAGGAGUGAAAGAAUUUCGUGGAAGGUUUUGGAAAUGCUCUAACAUAUCAAAUGAUUUGAUUGAUCAAAUUAAAAGCAGAAAUGACUGUGAAAUCCAUAGUCACUUAAAAUGGGAGAAUGCUAAAGUCACCUUUGAUCAUGUUGGAAUGGGGUACUUGGCUCUUCUACAGGUGGCAACUUUUAAAGGUUGGAUGGACAUUAUGUAUGCCGCAGUGGAUUCACGUGAGGUAGACCAGCAGCCAAUAUGUGAACACCGUUUACUCAUGUAUUUGUAUUUUGUGUGUUUUAUCAUGAUUGGAUCUUUUUUCAUGAUGAAUCUCUUCAUUGGAGUUGUUAUCAAAAAUUUUAACCAACAAAGGAAAAAGAUAAGCGGAGAUCAUAUCUUUUUGACAAAGGAACAGAAAAAGUAUUAUAAUGCCCUGAAGAAACUUGGAUCCAAGAAACCCCAAAAAUCCAUCCCAAGGCCAUUGAACAAAUACCAAGGAUUUUUUUUUGACAUUGUAUCAAGCAAAGCUUUUGAGAUUACCAUUGUGACUCUCAUCUGCCUUAACAUGAUCAUUAUGAUGUGGGUCAGUGAAGACCAAGAUGAAAAAAGCAAGAAUAUUCUUGAGAUCAUCAACAAGGUCUUUGUUGCCAUAUUUACUGGAGAGUGCAUCAUGAAAAUACUGGCUCUAAGAUACUACUUCUUCACCGAUGGCUGGAAUAUAUUUGAUUUACUUGUUGUGAUCCUUUCAUUAGUUAGUGUUGGAGUUGCUGGUGUUUUAAAGUCUCCGUCAUUGUUGAGAAUCAUUCGCUUGGUGCGGAUUAGCCGAAUCCUGAGACUAAUACGGCAAGCCCAAGGAAUUAGAACUCUCCUUUUUACAUUAUUGAUGUCCCUGCCUGCUCUGUUCAAUAUUGGUCUCCUGCUUUUUCUGAUCAUGUAUAUUUAUGCUAUUUUGGGCAUGGCUCACUUUGCCUGCGCUAAUUGGGAUGGUGGGAUUGAUAACAUUUUCAACUUCCAAACCUUCGGUGGCAGCAUGCUCUGCCUCUUCCAGAUCACAACGUCAGCCGGCUGGGAUGGCCUUCUUAACCCUUUCUUAGGGACAAGAUCUGACUCUUGUGCUCCAAAUUUAAUUAUACAACCUAGCGACAAUACUUCUUGUGUAAAUAGCUCUGUAGCAAUGAUAUAUUUUGUAAGUUAUGUCAUUAUAUCAUUUCUUAUUGUUGUAAACAUGUAUAUAGCUGUUAUUUUAGAGAACUUGAAUGUUGCUACUGAGGAAAGUACAGAGCCUUUAUGUGAAGAUGACUUUGAUAUGUUUUAUGAAAUAUGGGGGAAGUUUGAUUCUGAGGCGACUCAGUUUAUUGAGUAUUCGGCACUUUCAGACUUUGCAGAUGCUUUGGAAAAACCCUUACGUGUAUCAAAACCCAACAAAAUUCAGCUGAUAGCAAUGGAUCUUCCUCUGUUUAGUGGAGAUAGGAUCUACUACUGGGAUAUUUUGCUUGCUUUUAUCAGAAGAGUGUUAGGAGAAUCUGGGGAGAUGGACAAACUAAUGAUGGAGAAUAAGCUUAAGAUUGCCAUUCCAUCCAAGCUUGCUUAUAAACCAAUCACAACUACCCUUAGAAGAAGACAAGAGGAGCUUUCUGCCAUUAUUAUCCAAAGGGCCUUCCGGUCCCAUUUGAUUCAAUGUUCUAUGAAACAGGGCUCUUUUUCAUACCAACACAGAACCUGUGACAGUAGCAUCUCAGAAGAAGAUGUAUCUGAGAAGGAAGGUAGCCAGUUAGAUAGAUCACAAACUGCAUCUUCCAUUUCUUUCCCUCCAUCUUAUGAUAGUGUCACUGGGGCCACUAAUGAUAACUUGCAGGUGACAAUUACAGACUCAAGCAAAGCCAAUUCAACUUAG